AAAAAGAUGACUGACGAAACAACCCAAAAUAUUAAAGACAAAACAGAGGAAGAGCUUGCCGCUUUGCUUGAUCAAACUUUGGGAGAAUUCACGGCGACACCAGCACCAAAACCACGUACAACAGAUGAUGAACUCGAUGAACUGAUGGCUUCAGCUGAUCAAGAAGCUGCACAAAAAGCUGCGAAAGACUUCCAGAAAAUGCUCGAACAAAUGGUGACUCUGCAAGAAGAAGCCAUGAAAAAAGCUGGAGCAGAUCCAUCAGAAGGAGAAGGAGAACAGCCACUUGAUCCAAAUGAUCCAGAAGCUCUUGCAAUGAUGGAUGCAUUAAAACAACUUAUGGAAUGCUCAUCAAAUGUUGCAAAUGCUAGCAACCCAGAAGAAUUUAUGGCUGGUCUUGAUAUGUUACGUUCUCCAAAUUCUCCAAUGGAGCCAUUUAUGAGCAUGAUUAUGCAAACUCUAGCUUCAAAAGAAGUCAUGUAUCCCCCACUUAAAGAAAUUUUCGAUAACUAUCCAAAGUAUUUGGAGGAUAACGGUGCUGGUUUAGAUGCUGAAACAAAGGAACGAUAUGAGAAACAAUUCGAGGUUCUUGGAAAAAUCUGCACAGAAUUCGAAAAACAACCAGAAUUGGCCGAAGUUCAACCUGUAGACGCAGCCACUCAACCUGCUCCCGAAGCGGAUCCAGCAUCUAUCGAACAUUUUGAGAAGCUUGGAAAGUUGCUCGUCGAGCUCCAACAAUACGGAUAUCCACCAAAAGAACUUGUUGGAGCACUUCCAGAUGGAUGGCAAAUUGAUGAGUCUGGUCUUCCGAAAGUUGCCGAUGCUGCAGCAGCAACUGAAGCGUGCUCAAUUAUGUGAAUACUAUUAACUAUGUUGUUAUAUCAAAUUGAAGCCAAAGAAAUAGAAUUUUAGAAAAAAUAAACUUUUGUGUUUAAAAAACAUAACUGUUUCCCAUCAACUCUUCAAUAUGAUAAUCCCUGAAUAGAAAUGUCUCUUCCCCAGUGUAGCAAUAAGUGUCCUCAGUUAUUUUCCACAUUUUCUAAGUCAGUUACUAGUUUGGUUUUUUUUUGUUUUUUUUGUUAUGCUUCAACGAAUAGAUUUUUCUUUUAAAGUUCGCUUUUCAAGUGUGUGGCCAAAUUAUUUUCCAAAUUACAGUCUUUUCCUUAUAUCCAAACAUGUUUCAAAUCAAUAAAGAUUUAUGAAUUUG